AUGGCGGCCUCAGUGGCUACCUCGUCGAAGGCAGUGGUGGCUAGAGUCGGAGCCUCACUGUCCCACACAAUCGUCUCAAGAAGUGAAGAGAGAGAGAAAGAAGAACGGGGCUGCGAUGGACCGAUUCUGAACACCACAGGCCUGAUCAAGGUCUUUAGCAAUCUUUGUGACCAAACUUUGAUUGGACUGGGUCGGUUUCACUCGAAGAAAGGGGAAAGGGACAAUUUUUGGGGCAAUGGGGCCCAACGCCGCCCCCCGGGUCCUCCGCUCUCUCCUUCUUCGAAUCUUCAUCUAACCCUAAUUUCGAAACUAUCCUUCCUCCAGUGUCCAGAAGACUGCAGUCCUCCUCUUCCUCGGUUCCUCCCAUCGGCCUCCAUUGUAAACCCUAACUCCAUUAUUCUCUCAGAUUUCUCGGAAUCCCGUCGAGGCUUCGACGACGAUCUGCUCAAGCUCAAGCUGUCAAAGAAACGGACCUCUUUUGAAUCUCCCUCUCCGCCUUUCUCUUUUGUUUCUGGAAUAAUGACAUCAGAAAAUAAUUUGGAGGUGAACUUGGAAUCUUCUGAGAGGGAAAAACACAUGGCCACGAUAAACCAAGAUGAUGAUGUUUUGGAGCUUGAUGUAGACGACAUCCAAGACACUGCAACAGGAAUGUUAUUGAUUGUUAUGGCAUUGAACAUUUGAACAGGAAUGCUGUAAAUGUGUUUUUGGGCAUUGAACUGGAAUGUUAUUGACUGUUUUAGCAUUGAACAUGAAUGUUAAAGAUGUGUUUUUCA